AUGGCUUGGUCAAGGAAUCCUUUGCCCACCCUAACAUCACCGCCACCUUCACUCUCUUUCGGCAAUUCAAUACACGCGCCGCCUCUGCCUACCCUUCCAUUUGACGUCAUUCCAGAAAUCCUUUGUUUUCUACCUGUGAAGUUUCUACUCCGGUCUCGAUGCGUAUGCAAAUCCUGGAAUUCUCUCAUAUCUGAUCCCAAAUUUGCCAAGAAGCACUUUUGCAUGUCUUCUCGCCAAAUUUACUUCAUAAGCUACAAAAGGUUGCCAACCAAGUACAAAUUCAUGUCUUACACUCUCGACUCUCUUUUCACAGAAAGAGCCACUCUACAAGAUGUGUUUGAGUAUUCUCCCAACAAUUGUCUUGGAGAUCGUCAUGUAAUGAAUAUAUAUCGCUCUGUUUGCUCUUGCAAUGGCAUCCUUUGUAUUGCAGACGCCAAUGACAAAGGCUUGAUUAUAUUGUUGAACCCUUCCAUUAGAAAAUUCAAGGAGUUGCCCCUUCUUGAAACACCACAAAGUGCAAUGUAUGGUGAGUUUCAGACGACGCUUGGCUUUGGCUAUGAUUCUUGUACUGAUAAUUACAAGGUGGUUGUUCUUAUGCGGUACGAGAUGCGUGUCGGGAGUGGUGAUUAUGUUUACAAAACUGAAGUGAAGAUUCAUAUAUUGGGUACCGAUUUUUGGAAAAAUAUACAAGAGUUUCCUUUUGGAGUUGUCCCAAUUGGACAAUCUAAAUUUGUGAGUGGCACGAUUAAUUGGUUAACCUCUAUUGAUCUUGAUCCAAAAAGUCCUCGUUUUAUUGUUUCUUUUGAUUUGGGAAAAGAGUCUUUUCGAAAGGUUUUGCCUCCUGAUAAUGGAGGGGCAGACAUCUUCUUAGCCUUGGGUGUGUUAAGGGAUUGCUUGUGCCUGACUUCUCGUGAUGAUACCUACUUUGUAAAGGAUGUUUGGGUUAUGAGGGAGUAUGGAAAUAGAGAGUCGUGGACUAAAUUGUUCAAUGUUUCUUAUAGGGGAGAUCCUAUACUUAGUGUAAUUGGUGAGCCAUUAUAUAUUUUUGAGGAUAAUAAAGUGCUGCUGAAGUUUCCUGGGUAUUUUAUAUUGAAGUUGAUUGAUUCAAGUAAUGGUACUAUUACAUCUACUGAAUUUUAUGACAGCCCAGAAGUCUGCACUAAGAGUUUGAUAUCACCUUGUUCUUAA